CAGAGCUUUUUCGCGUUUUUUACCCGCAAACGACGCAAUCUGAGUUUCGCGAAUGUUUUCCAAGUGUGUACAUAUAGAAAUUUUUUUUCACCACUACUAGAGGGUAUAAGUUGUUUACACGAAUCUAUCGUUUAAAUCGCAUAUAAUAUAUUUGAAAUGGAUACUAAAACUGUUGUCACUUUAGCUAGAGUUAAAAAAGUUCUUGGUCGUACCGGUUCUCGUGGUGGUGUUACCCAAGUCAGAGUUGAAUUCAUUGAUGAUUCUUCAAGAACAAUUGUUAGAAAUGUUAAAGGUCCAGUUCGUGAAAAUGAUAUCUUAUCAUUAAUGGAAUCUGAACGUGAAGCUCGUCGUUUACGUUAGAGACGUUUCAUAUCUGUUUUUUGGAAGUUUAUGUUAUCUCAUUUAGGUGGUGGUCAACGUUUUAUAUAUUUAUGCUUUAGUUUUUGAUCAUAUCAACUACAUGAGAAGGAAGUUUUGGUGAUACGAUGGUUUAAUAUUACUAAAACUGAAGUUAAAAGCUGUUAUUUUAUUGUGUUUUAUGGGUUAUUUAAUGUUUUUUUUUUCAACAAUUGGUCAUAUAUAAUUAAUUUUACUAUGCAUUAUCAAAAAUGAAUUUUUGGACACUGAGGUUACACAACGUAGUUCAUAUCAUAAUAAAUGUAAUACGUUAAUUGAAAAUUAUAUAAUGUUUUUCCCAAUAUAACAGUUCUUUAAACUUAAUUGGUAUUUGGUAAAGGAAAUCUGAAUAUGUUUCAGCAAGAAUAAUACAAAAACAAACAAAAAAGAGUCAAACAAACGCCUUUAAAGAAUGGAUGAAACCAAAAAAA